CAAUGAUAUAAGAUUCAUUAUUUGCUGAAUCCUUUUGGAAUCCAAUUUCACUUAAUUCAUUUUCAAACGAUGACGAUUAUAAUGUAUAAAUUUAGAUUUCCUUUAAUAUAGGUGUUUUAACUAUACUCAGGAAACACCCCAGUACAAAUAAGACUCAUCUCAGGGUAAUUAUUAGCCAGUAGUUAAUAAUUGGAUUUAUUACAAACAUACAUUACAUUAGACGAGAAAGGAGUGACACUUUAAAAUCAAUUUGGAUAAAUAGCAUUCAUAGGUCCAUAAUUAUAGUAGUUUUAUGAACACAUCAAUAAAUAUUGUAUGCAUCUCGAUAUUGAAAAUCAUUAUACAAUUGAGAAAUAAACUCACUAGUUAGAUAAUUUUGAGGUAUGAGUAUUGGUCUAUAAUUAGAUUUUUCAAUCUAGAGAUAAAAUGACUGGUAUUUAAAAGUCAAUAAAAAAGUAUUCAAAAAAAUUAGGAAAAUCCCAUUUGUAGACUAUUGUUAACUACAGGAAUUAUGAAUAUUUAUUUGAAGAUGAUUAAUAUCUGUAUUUGGUCAUGUCAUAUUUAAAUGGACAAAAAAUCAACAAUUUAACUUUGGAGGAGUCAUGCUUUGGAUUACUCAAACUAUUAUACAAAUAUCACAACCAAGGCUUCGUAUUAAACUGUUUCUCUGUAAGAAUAUGAUAUUUAUAUAAGGAAUUGAACACUAUUUUAUUGGAUGAAAAUUAUAAUAUGGAAAUACUGGAUAAUUCUUAACUUAAAAGAAUUACAUCCGAUUAGCAAUAACAAAUAUUGUAAGAUGUUCAAACUAUUCAUAAUUAUCUUUUAUAAAAGUAAUAAAACUAAUAUUUUUCAGAUUUCCCCACAAAUAAGAUAUUUUCUAAAGCAUUUUAGACACAAAAAUUCAAUCAGUCCAAGAAUUGCUCUUCAAUCCAUUAUUUAUCAAUUACUUUGGUGAACGUAACUUUUUUGUGUUCUUAAACGCCUAACCCUAUCAAAAGUACAACAACACCACUUCCAAUCCAUAAUUAAAUUUGCUUGAAACUUUCAAUACUAUAAGAUCAAGUAUUAUGGAUUCAUCAGAUGAAUCAGAUGACGUCUAAGAAAUUAAUCAGUUUACUUAUUCCCAUUCACAAUUCGAUGACUCUCCUAUGCUCUCUCCUAAGUUGAAGCCAAAACAUCAAUCAAGAUUGUCAAGUAGAUAAGUUGUACUAGAAACAUUAUUAAAUGAACACAUAAUCACACCUGAGUAGUUCCAAUAGUUUUAUAAAGAAGAGGACUUUUAAAAUGAGCAAGAAAUCAAUGAAUUUAGUGAAAUGCUCUCUAAAGAAAUUGAAAAUUCUUAACUAACCACUCCAAUUUAAAGUGAUGUAAGCAUUUCAUUCAUUUUAGUCCACUGCUACUUGUCCUAACACAGUUAUAAUUCACUCUAGAAAAAAUGUUGUCAAUCGAAUUAGUGAUAUCAUACUUGAAGCUUAAUAGGAAUUUAUUUAAGCUACAAAAAAGCCUUAUAAUGUUAGUAAAGUCUAGAAUGUGAGGAAGAAUCUAUUCAAUUUACAUUGA